AUCUUUCAUUUCCUGGAAAAGCACGGCCUCUUUAUAAUCCAGGCAGCACACUUGCAAGUGGAAGAAACAUUGCCUCAUGGAAAGAACAGCCUCUUAUUUUUCCUCUACAGUUUCUGAAGAAAUAUUAUCAAACACUAACGUGAUUAUGAGCCUGACUGGUAACAUCCAAGUCCCUGAGAACUCUCCCACAGGGUGCAGGAGUACCUGCUUAUACUCUGGCUGACAGCUUGCCACUUGCUUUCACAUCUGUUUGCUAUCAUCUUCCCAGUUUUGUUCAAUAUCAAAUACCAAAUGAGCAAACAUUCCACUCCAUUUCACAAAAAGCAUACAUCUCUUCAUUUUAUCCCCUAAAAAGUUACUAAAAUGUGGGAUAAAAGGUUUUCUUAAAUCCUUAUAUAGGCAGCCAUCAAAAGCACAGUACUGCCCUGAUGAAAUGAUGCAGCGACUUCCUACUGGCAGCUGUCCUAGAAAGAUCUCUCCCACUUUUUCCUCCUUUUCACAUUUUAAAUGUGUGAUCUGUUAAACCCUUUUGAUUAUAUGAAAAAUGGACUUUCAGGACUAACUCAAACUGUAACAUACUGAAAUAGUAGGAGUUUUGAUGUUUCAAAGAAUACUUGCAUUCCAGUUGGAACAGGGAAGAAAGUAGGAAACGUGAGACCUCAGCACCGAAGUUUCAAGGAAAGCAGGAUUUUUUUCUCUUUACUGGUGAAUCAAAAUGAAAGUGCAACUGACUUCCAGAGGAGGGUGUGGUGCUUGAAGACAAAAUGUAAUGUGUCAGACCAACUCGGACCAUUUCCCUGAAGCACAUCUCAGUUGCAGUACCUGCUACCAGUCUGCAGACAAAAGGUUUGCCAUGGGCUGGAAUAUGAACAACUCAACUGAUUACUGGAUUGAGGAUGAGGAGGAUGAUCUCAACUCUGUCAUAGAUUACAACAUGUACGAGCUUCUCUGUGAAAAAGACGAUGUGAGAAAGUUCAGGAAAUUAUUCCUUCCUGUGUUCUACGCAUUGACUUUCACUGUUGGAGUCGCAGGAAAUUCCUUAGUGGUAGCAAUUUAUGCCUAUUGCAAGAAACUGAAGACCAAGACAGAUAUGUACAUCAUGCACCUCGCCAUCGCCGAUCUGCUCUUGCUCUUUACACUCCCUUUUUGGGCUGCAAAUGCAGUGCAAGGAUGGGAAAUUGGAAUAUCCAUGUGCAAGCUCACUUCUUCUCUGUACACCAUGAAUUUCAGCUCUAGCAUGCUGUUCUUGGCCUGCAUCAGUGUGGACAGAUACAGGGCGACUUCUGGAUCCCAAGGGCACAGAAGAGCUGGUAAACGCUGCAGCAUUACCUGCUUCUGUGUCUGGCUGGCUGCCAUAUUGCUCAGUAUCCCUGAACUGAUCUUUAACCAAGUCAAGAAGCACAAUAACAGGAAUGAAUGCUUUCCUGUAUUUCCAACGAACAUGGAAACUCUAUUAAAAGCAACCAUUCAAAUCCUGGAAAUUAUCCUGGAAUUUCUGCUUCCUUUCCUAGUAAUGCUGACCUGCUAUUCAGUUACUGCUCGAGCAAUCUUUAGAUCUGCAAACGCUAAAAAGUCUCGACCUUUCAUGGUUCUGUUGGCAGUAGUGGCUACUUUCAUUAUUACUCAGCUGCCUUACAACAUUGUUAAGUUCUGGCGAGCCAUAGAUAUCAUCUAUUUAUUGAUUACUGACUGUGAUGCAAGUAAAACUAUAGACAUUGCGCUCCAGGUCACCAAGAGCAUAGCUUUGUUUCACGCCUGCCUGAACCCUCUUCUGUAUGCCUUUUUGGGCGCCUCCUUUAAAAUGCAUAUUAUGAAAAUAGCAAAAAAUUACGGCUACUGGAGAAGACAACAACAGAAUGGAGUACCUGAAGAAAUUUCUAUGAAUUCUGAAGACCGUACUGAACAAACAAUUAGCUUCACCAUAUAGACUAUUACUUGCAUUACCUUACUCAAAAGGGGAAAUAUUUACUAACGUGGGGGGGGGAGGGGGGGGGGGGGAUAUUCUUUCAACAGCUGUUUCUCUGCAAGUCAGCUUUCAGAUGAAUCUCUGAACCUGCAGACUAGCCAAGACACUACACUGCAAUUCAAAGUGGAACAUCAUUAUUGAAAUGAAGUAAUGAGCAAGAACAAAUACUGAAAGUGACAGAAACAAUUAAGGUGUUUACUACAAACAAAUCAAAACAUUAAGAUUUAAAAAUAAGGUAUCGGUUCAUGGUUGAGAAUUGACAGGGGAAAAAAAAACUAUUUUCUACGUGUGUUUUCACAUAAGUAUAGCAACAAGAACAUCCUCCACAAAAAACACUAACUCCUGCUCUGUAGCUACCUAAAAAGAUCUUUCAUCUCUCCAUUUGUUGCUCACCCUAAACUUCAACAAGCCCAGUGUCCUACAGGAGGCACAUUCCAGAUCUCUGUAAAGGUAACAUCAAACGUAAAUGCCAAAAUACUGAAGUCAAAGCAUUGGCAGAAAUAUAAUAAAAGGUUUGAAGUUAAUUUUCAGACACAGGGCCUGGAAUUUCCAGUCAGAAUCUGUAAAAUGAACAUGACACUGAAAUAAUUAUAAUCUUCUAAAUUAUGCUGAGAUACAAUAAAAUAUAAGAACAUUAAAAGUGCACUGGCUUUCAA